AUGGCAGCCACUUUCUCAUACGCGCAAGCCGCAAAAGGCAUUUCAACGCCGCCUAGCUUGAACAAGCCGGUACCCAACCCUGUAACACAGUCUAAAGAAGCAAGCAGCCUAUCUGCAUCAGAUUCACAUCCUUCACCGAGCAACUGGGCUGAAGAUGUUGAGGCCGAGUCGCGUCCUGAGCAGCCUGCCGUCCCUCACGAGGCGCAGCCAGAACGCUCUGCUUCUAGGGCAGCCAAGGACUCACAUCCCGUAGAUGCCUCGGUCGUCUCCUCUCCCGAUCUGGGAGCCUCAUCUUCGUCAACAGUGACCAAAGAUGAUGACGUCGCAUCGAUACAGAACGCCUCCUCCGAGUCAACGACCUGGGAUAACAAAUCGCAGGCCUCAACCUCGGUGGACAAGUCGGUUGAGCCGGUAGAGAAGACCUCCGAAAAGGUUAAGAAGGGCAAGAACACUGUAGUCAAGCCGCUGCACGAUGCGCCUGUACCAACCGUGAACCCAUGGAAGUUGCGGGCCGACGAGAUGAAGGCCAAGAUCCAGAAAGUUGUACCCGCGCCCGUUUCCAACGGGGCUUCACAGGCAUCCACCGGCGCACCCACAAAGAAGACCGAGUCAAUGUCUCAAGAGAAAGGCACAGCUUCUGAGAACAAGCAAAAGGGCCGAGGAGAAGGUGCUCCAGGCCGCAAAGACGUAAAGGGCGAUGUCGAGACCAGAAACGGUGCCAAGGGCAGGUUCUCCGACAAGGACGUCAAAGCAGCGCCGCCGAGCGUACUACCGCCGCCGCCAAACCGUGACCAAGAGUCAUGGCCGACUCCAGACACCGCUAUCGACGAGGACCGCAAAAAGGCCCAGGAAAAGGGCGAAAAGGUGGAGAAUGCUCGCAAAGACAGCGCAUCUACCAGUAAGCAGGAGUGGGUGAAAAUCCCAUACACACCAUCUGUCGUGUUCAACACGCCUCUGCCCAAUGCUGCAAAUGCGCGGAGAGGUGGCCGACCUGGUGGACGUGGUGGAGCGCCGACUAGUGGCAGACCUACUGGUUUCGCCAGCAACGGUACUGAACAGACGGAGAAGGAUGGCUCUGCACCCAAUGGUGAACACAUCAAGCGGGAGCGCAUUGAGGCAGUUGCGCAAGAUGCCUCUGCCAACGCGACUACAUCGAAGAGCCAGGCUCCCGCAGUUAACGGAGAUGGUGCCGUAAAGGCUACUGGCUUUGUAGCGCCUGAGUCCGAGGUGCAGCCCAGGGGAUCAACCGUGACAUCGCAGAUGCCGGCCCAGAACGGUGCCUACCCGCGUCAGUACCCCAACAAGCCUCACAAGAACCGCCGCGGUGAGCACCAUGGUGUAGGAGAGCGCAGGAGAGAGGGCGCAUCGUCACCCACCAAGGAUAACACCUGGGACGAGCGUCGGGCUCCUGCUGGAAUGCAGUCUGAUGCUGCUGGAGAGGGUGAGCGUCGAGGUCCUACCUACCAGGAUGGCCCCCACGGUCAUUCAAAGCGCUUCGGUUCCUUCUCUAGCGGCCGCGAGCGUGGCCGUGGAGGCGGUCGAGGGGCGCGUGGAGGUUACAACAGUAACAGCCAUCAUUUCGCCAACGGGCACCCCUCGUCAGGCUUCCCUGUAGGGCCACGGUCCCCUACAACAUUUGUACCUGAGAGCAACAGCUUCUUUCCUGCGCCUCAAGGCAAAUACGGACGGAAUAGUCAUCGAUCUCAGUCACUGACUAAUGACCCAUACCGGUAUCAGGCGUACCAAAACGGUUACCAACUUCCUUCUCUGCAGACAUCUCAUGACAUGUAUUCCUAUGGCAUGGUUCAACCAAUGAGUGCUGUACCACCGUUCAGCCCGUACGGCAGCGGCCUUGAUCAGUACCAAGUCUUUAACACACUCGUCUCUCAGGUAUCCUACUACUUCUCCCUCGAGAACCUACUCAAGGACGUCUAUCUACGCCGGCAUAUGGACUCGCAGGGGUUCGUGCCACUUGAGUUUGUCGCUGGUUUCAACCGCAUCAAGAACCUUACUCUUGAUCUUGAUACGAUUAGACUCGCCUGCCAGCAGUCUGCCGAGGUUGAGUAUUGCACCUCUGAGACCGGUCAAGAGCUGCUACGUCGUAAAGAUGGCUGGCAACUGUGGGUGCUUGACAUUACCGAGCGCGAAGCAAGUGCAAGGAACGAGGGCCCAAAGGAGCUUCAUGUCCCUCAGUUUUCUCGCCCUGCCGGCUUUGACCCCUCCAACCCUCCCCAGUGGUCAACAAUGUCACCUGGUUUCCCGAUGAGCCCGUAUGGAGGUGAAGGCGCGUAUUCACAGAUGAAUAGCUUUCAUCCUACUCCCCAAGAGGGUGGAAUGGUACCACCAGAGAACGCAGUGAAUGGCGCUGGUAUUGAGGAAACAAAAGGCACUGCUGUCUCGAACGGGCACCCCAUCGAGAACGCGACCAAGGCUCUUGACAGUCAUUGUUCGCAAGCAAGACCAGUCACAAACAGCGUUGCCUCAUUCCGUUUCACGAACGUUUUCUAA